AUGGCCUCAAAAAAACCAUCCAUUCUCCCGGCGGACAUCAUGGAGGCCCAAUUGUCCACAAUUGACCUCCUAGAAGCGAUGUUCCCAUCCCCGGGCGAGCUGGAAAUCCCCGAGUCUACAACGCAGUGCGUUGGGAAACUCCGGAACUGGUGCCAGGAUCCGACUUCCACACCAUCUGGGAUACCUCCAAGUAUAUCUCUCGUCGUCUGCCUCCCGAUUUCAGACGGAGAGAAAACAAUCCAGGUCAAUAUCUCAGUUCCAUUACACUGCGAGGACCCAGAGACAGGCUGUGACGAGCCGCCAUCAUUAGGCUAUUCACUCCGACAACCGGACUGGAUGUCUAAAGCCGAAGUCGCCAGACUUGCCCCCUCAAUACCACAAGGUGAUGCUCUCGAGGCUUUCGAGUACAUCCAAGAAGAAGCUCGUCGCUUUAUUGAAGAGAAGCAGUCCCAAUCACGAACUGCAACGUCAGAAGAAAGUUCCAAAGGACCGCUCGUCAGAGUCUGGUUCUAUUUCCCAUCCUUGUCAACGCGGAAAAAGAGGGACGAUAUGGUUAAUCUCGCACCAGGCUAUUCUCUGACUGGCUUUGUACUUGCGGGCAAACCGGGUGUAUUAUGUCUCGAGGGUGCGUCGAUGGAUAUCGAUGCUUAUAUGAGCUUCAUCAAAACACAUUCGUGGGGUGAUAUCCCAAGUCAUCAGAAAAAGGUUAGCGAGAGAUUCCGACAGACAGAGGGGAUUGAGAGGGUAUUUUCCGGAAUGGAAGAAAUCACGGAUUCACUGGGAGAAAGAGGCGGACAACGCGCCAAUCGUGGGGAUAUGCAGGCUUUGGAGGCGUGGUUAAGGACGAAGGGGCUCCACGAGGCCUUUGAAAAUGUAAUAUUCUAG